GCUACGGUCCAUUUUCAAGAUCUUCGGGCUUGUCACGGUGCCACCCUCACUCGACCAACUCCAAUGGCGGCCUCCACCGGACCCAUCGUCGAUCCUUCCCUCCGCCUCCGCCACUUCUCUUCCCUCUCUCGCCGCCUCUUCCUAGCUCCUUCUCGGCUCCACGCUUCUCCUAUUCUCCGCCACCGUCUCCCGCGCUUUGUCGCGAUGGCUGGAGGAUCGGACCCGAAGCCGAGGGUCCUGGUUGCCGAGAAGCUCGGCGAAGCUGGUAUGGAACUUCUCAAGGGAGAGGUCGAUGUGGAAUGCUCCUACAACCUCUCCCCCGAGGAGCUCCACUCCAAGAUCGCGCUUUGCGAUGCUCUGAUUGUGCGCAGCGGCACGAAGGUCGGCCGCGACGUGUUCGAGUCCUCCGGAGGCAGGCUUCGGGUCGUCGGACGCGCCGGAGUGGGGAUCGAUAACGUGGAUCUCGCAGCCGCCACAGAGCACGGCUGUCUCGUUGUGAACGCGCCCACUGCGAACACGGUGGCCGCGGCAGAGCAUGGGAUUGCUCUGCUCACCGCCAUGGCUCGCAACAUCGCUAGAUCUGAUGCCUCCAUGAAAUCUGGUAAAUGGGAGCGCAACAAAUAUGUUGGUGUAUCACUUGUUGGCAAAACACUUGCUAUUUUGGGGUUUGGGAAAGUUGGAUCUGAGGUAGCACGUCGUGCCAAAGGGCUCGGAAUGCAUGUCAUUGCACAUGACCCAUAUGCGGCUGCAGAUCGUGCCCAUGCUAUUGGGGUGGAGUUAGUAACCUUUGAUGAAGCAUUAGCAAGGGCAGAUUUUAUCUCAUUGCAUAUGCCUCUAACUCCUUCAACUUCUAAAAUUCUUAAUGAUGAAGCUUUUGCAAAGAUGAAAAACGGGGUGAGGAUUAUAAAUGUUGCACGCGGUGGUGUGAUAGAUGAAGAAGCUUUACUAAGGGCAUUGGAUUCCGGAGUUGUUUCUCAGGCUGCUUUAGAUGUAUUCACCAGAGAACCCCCAUCCGCCCAAGACAAGUUGGUUCUGAAUGAAAAAGUUACAGUCACACCACAUCUUGGUGCCAGCACUGUUGAAGCGCAGGAGGAAGUGGCGAUUGAAAUAGCUGAAGCUGUUCUUGGAGCUCUGAAAGGAGAGCUUGCUUCUACAGCAGUAAAUGCUCCAAUGGUUCCUGCUGAGGUCAUGUCUGAGCUUGCGCCAUUUGUUGUCCUAGCUGAGAAACUUGGCAGGUUAGCUAUACAACUUGUAGCAGGAGGCAGUGGUGUGAAAUCGGUGAAGGUGACCUACACAUCAGCAAGAACUUCUGGAGAUCUCGACACUAGAUUGCUCCGAGCCAUGGUCACCAAAGGUCUCAUCGAGCCCAUAUCUGAUGCCCAUGUUAACCUCGUGAAUGCCGACUUCAUUGCCCGGAAAAGAGGCAUUCGUAUCUCAGAGGAGAGAGUUUAUUUGGAUGGUUCUCCGGAGGAUCCUAUAGAGUCCAUAAUGGUUCACAUUGCCAAUGUUGAAUCUAAAUUUCCCACAGCUAUGUCUGGAACCGGAGAAAUAACAGUGGAGGGCAAAGUAAAGGAUGGCAUACCCCAUCUAACCAAGGUUGGGUCAUUUCAAGUGGAUGCUAGCAUGGAAGGAAGUCUGAUACUCUGCAGGCAGGUUGAUCAACCUGGGAUGAUCGGAUUCGUGGGAGGUAUUUUGGGCGAUCAGAAUGUCAAUGUGAGCUAUAUGAGCGUCGGACGGAUUGCUCCUCGUAAACAUGCAGUUAUGGCUAUCGGUGUCGACGAUGAACCCUCCAACGAAGCUUUAAAGAAGAUAGGUGACAUCCCAGCCAUUGAGGAGUUUGUUUUUCUUAAAUUGUAAGGCUAUUUAGCCUUAAUGCAAAAUAAUAUCUGGAUGUGUCUUACUUUCUACUUCUUUGGUGGUUCUUCUAAUUUGAUGAACUAGAUCAUUUUUCAAUUCAUGAAGAUUUUCUUGAUUCA